AUGGAGCUGGAAGAGCUGCCCUGUCUCCUGGGGGAGCAGCCAGGCUGGCUGGGUGCCCUGGCACUACUGGGUGUGCUGGUGCUGUGCCAGGGGCUGCGGCGCCCCGGGGGUUCCCCGCACUCCCACCCCGUGCUGUGCUACAGCGGCGCCGAGCUGGGGGACGAGGCCCCCGCGCAGCUCCUGGGGCGCAGCCUGCGCUGGGACCGCUACGUGCCCGUGCAGCUGGUGCCACAGCUGGAGCAGCUGGAGAGCACCAGGCACCGGCGGCACCGGCGGCACCGCCCGCACGGCUGCCCCGCGCUGCAGACCCGUGCCAGCCUCCGCAGCGAACCCAACGAGCGCUCCAUCUCCCCGUGGCGCUACCGCAUCGACGAGGACGAGAACCGGUACCCGCGCAAGUUGGCCUUCGCCGAAUGCCUGUGCAGCGGCUGCGUGGAUGUCAAGACGGGCCGGGAGACGACGUCGCUCAACUCAGUGACCAUCCACCAGACCAUGAUGGUGCUGCGGCGCAAGCCCUGCCCGCACCCCGCCGGGCUGGGCCUCGUCACCUUCGAGGUGGAUUAUAUCAAGGUGCCCGUGGGCUGCACCUGCGUCCUGCCCCGCACCAGGCGCUGACCCUCCCCUGCUCCCGUGGAGCCCCUGUAGCGUGACCGUGUCACCGCAUCCCCCUCACCCGUGCUUGUUUUAGAGCACCCAUCCACAGCCAGGGCAUCCUCCCAGCCCCUCACCUCAUUAUUUAUGAGUUAUUUAUAAGCCUUGCAGCCAGGGGGCUUUUUUUACCCCGUAUUUAUUGCUGACUCCCCUGGCUGCAGCUGUGACUCCGGGUCCAGCAUCGCCCCACAGUGCUCGAGACCCCCCGGCCAGACCUUGCGAGCGCUGCCCAGGCACGCGCUGGUUAUUUAUUCCCCCUAAAAGCUAUUUAUUGUCUCCUCUCUAUGUGCUAUUUAAUGCUGCAAAUAAAAGCUGACC